GGUUCCGGUUCCGGUUCCUCGAUGCUGGCCCGCAGCAAACACUAAACAUCUCGCCCGUCGUAACUGCCGCCGAAAACGCAGAAAAAAGAUGUUUAAUGUGCAGCUAAGAAUACUCUACAUAAUGUGCUUAAUAACAACUUUGAAGGGGACCCUGAAAGAAGCCCGCAAAUCUGGCAAAAUAUACAUACAACAAUGGCGCACCUAUGACCCGGCGUCUCACCUGGUAGGAAACAACCCGGGAGAGUUCGGUGGAUUUGCCCGGCGUCUUUCCGAUGAGGAAUGGUUGCGGUUUGAGGCAGAAGAAAGAGCUUUCCGAAAAACCCUAGACACAAAGCUGAUCGACGAUAGACAGAGGAUAACAUAUACUGGAACAGACCCGACACAGUGGAAUAAACUCAUGGCGAUCCUAAACGGAAUAUACCAUAAAAAUGGCACGUUUUCUGCGCAUAAUCGAAACGGAAGACCUUACGGAAUACCUCUUCUUAAAUACACAGUGAGGAUUCUCAACAAACUGCCGAAUACUGACAAACCCCCAACAGACAGAACACCGGAGGCUCUGACAGAGUGGAUAGAGAAACAGUUCCGCUUUAUGCGCGAGGUCAUUCAACCAGCGCUCAACAGAACAACGAGAACGCAGCAGAAAAGGCUCCCCAGAAAGGUGAUCUGUGGAGACCAACUGACUAGACCAAUCCAACUAAGAACUGGCAUCAAGACAGGCUGCCCAUGGAGCGCAGUAAACUUUAUCCUAGCCCUUAACCAGUGGCUCAAAUGGCUGUGCCUCUGCUCCUCCUCGCAUAUCAGAUCGCCAAACCCUGUCCAGGCCUAUGCAGAUGAUGUUCAGGUGUCAUCCAGGGAUGAGAAAGUGAUUAAAACCAUGCUCUCUCAUACUGAUAAAUUCAUGCGGUGGUCCGGACUAGAGGUGAAAAACACCAAGUGUGCUGUGUUUUACGAGAGACGCAGUGGAGGUAACAGGUGGUAUCAAGCCAAGAAAGACAAGCCACCCUCCUUUUCCAUCAUGGGCAAUGAAAUUAAAGUGUAUGCGUGCCAUGAAACUUACUGCUAUAUCGGACACCGGUUUAACAUCGCGGGUGAAUGGGAAGAGCAAAUACACGAACUUAGCAGUGAAUACUGCACAAGACUGGACAUGGUGGACUCAUCCCCUCUCCCUGUUGCAAUGAAGCUACAGGCCAUAAGAGAGAUUGCCCUUUCCAAAAUACAGCAUCUCUUCGCAAACAUACAUAUUCCUAAAUGCAUCUUAAACGAGCUGAAUAAUAAGACUGUAAGCUUGGCAAGACGCUGGAUAGGACUAAAUACACACUUGACAAGAGACGUGCUGUUCCACAGGUCCAGAGAGGGAGGGCUGGGCGUCCCUCACAUAGAGUGGGUAUAUACUGCCGCCAGAAUAAGCAACCUGUUAAGGAUGUUAAAUAAUGAUGACGCAGCUGUGCGUGAGCUUGCCCGAGCCUCACUUUUACUACAUCUAGGGAAACGCAAGGUCCCUCUUUGUAUAUUAGAUGACGCCAGCUUCCUUGGGUUCAGAAGAAAACCCAGUGGAAAAUUGGACACUAAUACACCAGGCUUCGGUGUGUGCUCGGACUGGCUGGACCUGAAUGACCUCUGUAACCGUGCAAACAUCCAACUGCGCUGGAGGAACAUAGCAGGACAGUCGGUGGAAGCCAAUGAGAACAUCUGCACGGAUCCAACCAUCACGGCAGAGGCAACCAUUACAACUGAUGACAACAUUCAACUUCUUGAUACUCAAAACAUCAGAAGGACAAUAAUCGACCACUUUCACUUGCGUAUGAUACAACACUGGACAGGCCUACGCCUACAAGGACAAUUGGCCUGCCUGCCCUGUGCUGACCAGAACCUAUCACACACAGUUUUGAAAAACACAGCCCUACAAGACGACAUUUACAGAUUUACAAUUAAAGCUCGUCUUCAGGUACUACCAACAAAGUCCAAUUUAGCAAUCUGGUUUCCAUCUGCACAUGAGCCGUUUUGCCUGCAACAUUACAGCCGGCAAAGAGAGACGAUCGCGCACAUCCUUAACGGCUGCUCUGCCUAUAAAGGACUGUACAUCGCGCGCCACGACCGUAUCGUUGCACUCUCAGCGAAGGAGCUCAGAGACAAUGUCAGCCAUACCACAAUCCACUGUAACGAAAAGAUCAAGACAGACUGGUUCCCUCUUUCACAUGAACAGUGCGUUACAUUGGGAAACUGCUACAAAUCACUUACCAAAUACACCGGAUAUAUUUGUAAUUAAUGAACACACCAAAGCUGUUACAAUAAUAGAAAUCGGUUGCUCUUUUGAUGCCUACAUGGACACCUGCUAUGCU